UCCAUCCGCAAAGGAGAAAGACGUGUCUCACAGAGUGUGGAAAGCGUGUAUGUUUAUAAAGAAAGGGCUUGUAUAGUUUUAUUUGCGACGCGUCACUCGUCCGCGGAUGUUGUUCUUCAAGAAAGACAGUUUUAUAUUUCAUGACCAAAGGCUCUGAAUCACAGCCCGACCAAGCGCUUGACGUCAGUUGUGCGUUAUGAGCGAAAUGACAGCCCAAGGCUGAACGCUCCCCAGGUAGGAAACCUUGAUGCCAAAAAUCGGAAGAAGGAAGAUAAAGAAGAGCAAACAAAUAACAGGAGCAAGCCGGUAUUUUGUGUCUUUGAACCAAAAAUGCACCUUGUAUUGGGUGCUUUACUGAGCUUCAUGUAUUCUUCAUCUUCACUUGAUGGAAGAGCGAUGGAGACACUCGCCCAUUCUGUGUGAUUCACUUUUCUGCCGCAGAAAUGAGUAACCUCUUCCAGAACGCCUCUUUUUUGAACCUGGAUGUGCUGGAGGCAAAAAACAUGUCGCCUGUCCCGUCCUGGGAGAUAGAGCCGGUGCCUGUUACCAUCAACCCGUGGGACGUGCUUCUGUGCGUGACAGGCACACUCAUGUCCUGCGAAAACGCAGUGGUGAUCGCCCUGAUUGUCUACACCCCCACAUUGAGAGCACCCAUGUUUGUCCUUAUCGGGAGUUUGGCAUUCGCAGACUUCCUUGCCGGCCUGGGCCUGAUACUUAAUUUUAUAGUCAUUUACAUAAUCGAUUCAGACUUUGUCUCUUUGCUGUCAGCGGGGCUCCUCAUUACGGCAUUUUCUGCAUCUGUGCUCAACAUCCUUGCCAUCACUGUGGACCGAUACUUGUCGCUAUACAAUGCAUUGACAUAUCACACCGAGCGCACAGCGGCUUUUACCUACAUCACCCUAAUACUUAUGUGGGUCAUCAGUGCCGCUCUCGGCUCACUUCCGGUCCUGGGAUGGAAUUGCCUGGAGGAUGAGACCACCUGCAGCAUCUGUCGACCCGUGAAUAAAAACAAUGCAGCAGCACUCGCCGUGUCCUUCCUACUGAUAUUUGCUCUCAUUCUGCAGCUGUACCUUCAGAUCUGUAAGAUCGCCUUCCGGCACGCCCAGCAGAUCGCGUUUCAGCGUCACUAUAUGACUACCUCACACUCGUCUUCCACCACGAAAGGGGUCUCAACGCUCACCACCAUACUAGGCACCUUCGCGUUCUGCUGGAUCCCACUUGCAAUGUACUCGCUGGUGGCGGACACUCAAUCCCCUUCGAUCUACACCUACGCCACGGCUCUUCCAGCUAUCUGUCACUCCAUUAUAAACCCAAUGAUAUAUGCCUUCAGGAACCCUGAUAUUCUGAGAUCUUUAAGGAUUGCUUGUUGUGGGUGCAUGCCUUACAGUUUGACCAUGCGACCCAGGACACCCAGCGAUGUGUAGCACGUCUACAUUAAAGCACAAUUUAGGCAGUCGCCUGUCUGUAACUCCCAAAAGCACAUAUCAUGUAUAAUCCACCUAUUGUAAUCCAGUGAAGCGAGGACACGUUUUUAUGUGGUAUGUUUGGUAUAUACUUUUAUAUAGGGUUGAUGUUAGACACAGGUUGCUGGAUAAUUGGAUAAUUCCUGUUAUGCUUUACCUUUCAACUCUUACUAUUAAAAAGGAAUUUGCUCUUAUUGUAAUUUAUUUAAAAGUGAAUAAUAAUUUUGGAAAUAUGCUCUGGUCAAGCACUUUAACCUUAUAACUUAUUUAUACACAAUAGCAGGAAAAUUAACAAAAUACCUAACAUGGUGGAAAGACAUAAGUGUGUUAACUUUAUUUAUUGUUUUUAACCAUAUUUUAACAUUACUAUACCAAUGUUUGGUAUUUUAGUGUAAUAAGCACAAAAUCUAAACAUUAUCAAAAACGUAUGUUUGUGCUUUUGCUUUCCAACCUGGAUUUUUUUUAAAAAUCCAAUAAAUUGAAACAUAUAUGUUGUUGUAAACAUGGAAAUGUGCUGUAUUACAGAAAUGGCCCAAUUAUCCGGUAUUAACAGCUUGAAAGGCCAAUCACACACAGUUACACUUAACAUAUUUACAACAUUAGUUUUACAUUACUAUUUAUGUAAAUUAACAUUUACACGAGCGCUGUACUGCAAAGAUUUCUGUAUUGGUGUGUUGUUGCAUAGAUAUGUAGUGCAAAUAGAUGUUCUCUCUAUGCACAUGGACAGUAUUCGGGUCUUGGAUUUAAACUAAUAAUGGAAUAAUGUAGAGAUUUCCGAAUACAUGUAAUAUGAUCAUCAUCAUCACCCAAAAUACAGUAUAUAAUAAUGCAGAAGUAGCAUAUACAUAAUUGUAUUGUCCGUAAGCACUGUGGCAUACCUGCAUUAAUUCACUAAGACCCAUAAGGAAAUGAAUACGAAUUUAGGUUUGGCAAUAAGUCAAAACAUUUGUAUAUUCAAAUACACAUUUCCAAAUAAAUGUCUAAACAUAGAUUACAAACAAUGGACAUACAUUAGAAAUCUAAUGUUUAAUCGAAAUGAGCUAUUUUUUUCAGCCAACAACUGCCUUACAAAUAUUCCUAAAAUGGCGCAUUUAAGGGUAUAUUGUACUAUUGCCAGUGGUGCAUGUCAGACUAUAAUAUCAAUAAUACAUCAUGUUUCACUUCAAAGUGUGUACAUUAUUUAUAAUAUACCGAGACCUCUGAGAUCGUAAUGUUUUGACGGUGGUCUCGCAAGUGUGUUGUUUUACCACACGUUUACAUACAGAACACAUAAAGGUAUAGGCACUGAUAAUAAUUCACUGUGUAACAGUAUCAUUUGUUUUGCAAUCAGCAAUUGAAUGACGGUCUUCUAGAGGGACCUAAAAGUGUCGUGUGAAUAUUUGGUGCAGUUUGCCUUAUUUCCACCAGCUUUUAUGCAUUUUUAUGUAAGCUUCAAACAGUGUUUCGUAAUCUUUUGUAAAUUAUACAGGACUAAAAUGAUAUUAGAUGUUUGUUUUUAUGGUUACUCUUCUAAGAAGCCUGUUAGACUACUUUUGUGUGGCAAUGGAAAUGGUACAGUCUAAGUAAACAUCUUCACAUUAUCCACUACAGGGAUAAAAUACUGUAUAGUCUUGAGUUUGGUGAGAAGUCUGUGUGUGAUGUUAUCAGUUUGUAUCAGAUAAAAUCUGCUAGUAAUUGUUGGUACUGCAGAUGCAGCCAAAGAAACAAUUUUAACAUUGCUGAAUGAAUCACUACUACUAUUGCUGUACUGCAUUAUUUGUUAUAGUGAGCAUAAAAUGUCAACUUAUUUGAAAUGUAUAGAUUUUUAUUUAAGCAGUUGUGAUAAUCUGAGAAAUUAACAACUUUGUUAAACAGUAAUCCAAACUAAUAUUGAAUGUUGGUCUGCAUAUACACAAUAAGGUUAUACAGUACAAUUGUUUGAUGUUAAUAUAGACCUAUAUUUUUGUACUGCCUUAGAAAGUUUUACACUUUGCGUGGGUAAUGUGUUUAAAGAAUAGACUUUUUGGAAGAAUUUACAGAUUUUUACGGUAUGUUUGAUUGCCAUAGAGCUAAACAAUCUCUGUGUACCAUUCGGCACAGCUAUACUACUGGUGAAAUGUUUAGUGACACUUAGUUGAAAUAUUUUUUAACAGAAGACAUAUACUUCAAUGUCUGAAAUUAACAUACUGUAUUAUAAUAAAACAUGUUUAUUUUACCAUUACAAAACUGUAUUAUUAUUUUAAAAUUUAUAAAAAUAAAAUAUGAAAUAUUUACAUAGUAUACAUUUAGUCAACAUUUGUGUUGUUUCAUAAUUUUUAUGAGUUUACUUUCAUACUAAAAUGUGAAAAAUAAUAAAUGCACAAAUAAGUGACCCUAAACUUUGACCAGUAGUCAUAUGAAUGUUCAGGAUGAAGUACCAACUUGUUGCUUACUGUAGUAUAUACUGUAUACUAGCAAAUAUUUGAA